CCGAUUCUGCUCUUCUUCUUCCCGCUGCAACCACCCGAAGAAAAAAAAAGGGGAACCCAGCCAUGCUUGAGAAACUAGUGAGAAAGCUUGGUUUUCUCCUUCCUUUCUUGCUCUAGAACACACCUAGAACCCAGAAAUCUUUCCCCCCUGCUGGAAAAGCCGGAUCUGCCCUGCUCUGCUUUGUCCUUCCGCCGGCUGCUCUUGAUUGUGGGCGAUUUCUGGGCAUUUUUUUCGCCCGUGAGUUUUUCCCUGCACUUGCCGCCGGCUUCUCUCCCAAACUGCAGCUCCGGUUUUGCUUGCUGGAUUUAUGGUAUGUGGCAGCUUCUCUAAGUCCUAAUUUACCCCUUUAAUUGUUGAAUUUUGUCCAUGGAUUGGCUGCCCUUGUGAUGUCCGAAAGUUUGCAGAAAUUGGGGAUGAAUUUUGAUAGCUUAAGCUAUGUUUUUAAGCUUGGUUUAACUGUAAAUCAGCUUGAUUAGUUGCUGUGAUUUUUGGAGAAAAUCCUGUGGAAUUAGCUAGUGUUUUGGCCAAUUUGUGAAAGUCGGAGUUACUGUUCACGUCGGGGUCAAUGUUCACCGGUUACUGUUCACCCCCGAGGGUCAACAUUUAACGGGAAUUUAAAUGAUUAGUUUGUGAUAUAAGAAUGAUUUUGGAGAUAUUUGAUCAUGUGGAGAUUUAUGGAAAUAGCAUUGUGAUUAGAAGUGAUCCUAAUGAUGAUUUCAGUGUGAAUUUGUGAUAGUCCGGUAUUAAUUCUGAGGUGUUUUGAUUAGGUUCUCGAUCAUUCUGUCAGUUUAGUACGUGAAUUGAGUGCUCGGUUUUGCGAGUGAGGAAGUGAAUCCGAGGACGGAGAAACCACGGGAAGUGACGAGUUAGAAAGCUAGCCAUUUCGGGAUUGAUAUAGAUUUUAGAAGUAAAUCAUGAUCUUGUAAACCAGAGUGUAUUUGGAGAUUUAUGUUAUCGGAGUAAAUUUUAAAGAUUUGAUCUUCAGAUUUUGAUGGUAUCAGAGUGUGAAUUUGAUAAGUUCCGAGCCUUGUGCAUUUGUGGGACCCUCUCAUGAGUGCACGGCGUCUGCCACGUCCUCGGAUUUGGGUUCUGGGGCGUGACAUAAAUCAUCAUAGGUUAGGUCCCACUAACAGCGUGAAAUGUAAUAAGUUAAUCACUAUUUACAUAGAAAAUGUGACUCAUGAUGGCUCACAUGCUGUAAGGUCUUAAAAUAAAUUUUUAUAAGGGCAUCGCAUUAGUUUUUUUCUCUUCGAGAAUCAUUUGUACUUGAAUUGUGUAUCUUCUUAAUUCAAUAACAGUAGUUUUAAUUU